GAGAAACUUCUGUAAACUUCCUCUUUAUGUGUGGUUUCUGGUUCGGUAAAACGUGAGCACAUAACUAUCUAUUCUAUUGAAACAUAACCCUGCUGAUUACUCUGCAACAAGGAUGCUCGUUUUCGGUGCCAUUAUGCUUUUGGCCUCUCUGGAUCUCGGCCACUCUUCUUCUGCCUUUAAUAAAAUGUGGGAAGAGUGGAAAAUCAAACACAGCAAGGUUUAUGAUAAUCAGACUGAGAUUGUCUUCAGGAGAGCUGUUUGGGAGAAGAACAUGUUGCUGGUGCUGAGACACAAUCAGGAGGCCUCAGCGGGAGAACACAGCUUCACAAUGGGACUCAAUCAUCUGGCUGACAUGACAGCUGAGGAGAUCAAUGAGAAACUAAACGGUCUGAAGCUGGAGGAGCCUGCUAACUUCAGAAAUUACACUUUAAAGGGAGUGAGCAGCUCAGUGAUACCUCAGAGUGUGGACUGGAGGAAGAGCGGCCUGGUCAGCCCCAUCCAGAACCAGGGGACGUGUGGGUCGUGCUGGGCAUUCAGCGCUGUGGGGGCUCUGGAGGGUCAGAUGAAGAAGCGGACAGGGGUCAUGGUUCCCCUGAGUCCACAGAACCUGGUGGACUGCAGCAGAACGGACGGUAACCUUGGCUGCAGAGGAGGAUUCAUCUCGAAAGCUUUCAGCUACAUCAUCCGCAACCGAGGCAUCGACUCAGAGCACUUCUACCCCUACGAACACCAGAACGGAAAAUGUCGCUAUUCUGUCCAAGGAAAAUCAGGUUACUGCUCUGAUUACCACAUCCUACCACGUGGAGAUGAGAAGACACUGCAGGCUGUCGUGGCCUCUGUGGGACCAGUCUCUGUGGCGGUGAAUGCCAUGCUGAGAUCUUUUCAUCUCUACAAAGGAGGUUUAUACGACGUUCCAAACUGCAACCCCUGGAUCAUCAAUCAUGCCGUCCUGGUUGUUGGCUAUGGAACACAGGGAGGACAAGACUUCUGGCUCGUGAAAAACAGCUGGGGAACUACGUGGGGAGAAGAAGGCUUCAUUCGAAUUGCCAGAAACAAGAAAAAUCUCUGCGGCAUCGCCAGCUUUGCAAUCUACCCUACACUGUAAUCGUCUGACCAAUCACCUGAACCACCUGAGUAGAAUUUAAGUUGUUUUAUUGAACAGAGACCAAGAGGUUUUAUUUGUAUGAUAGAAAACUGGUCUGCAGUGACUAUCCUGCACUUCAGAAAUACAGUUUACAUUUUUAAUUAAAUUUAAUACCAAAUAUUAUUUUUCUAGCCUUCAUUACUUUGUGAGGGUUUUUCAAAGAAUAAAUUACUUGAGAGCAAAAUAAAAGCACAGAGACUCAUUGCUUUAUACCUUUGAAAUUGUUUUGUGCAUUCUACUGUAUAUGUAUUUUCUACCCUGUAUCUUAUUUGUGUUGUUUAGCCAAACAUUUGUAUGAGCUUUUGUAUGUUGGAAUUUAAGAUUACCACCUUUUAUGACAAUGAAAGACCAUGAUGUAAGUUAUUUUAGUUUAGGACUGAGUAUAGUAACUGAAAAAAAAUAAACAUUUUAUUACCAGGUUUCACUUUGGUCAUGGUUGUGAGCUUUUCACGUGUCACUGGUUUCUCCCACAAGUAUGGCUGAAUACUGAACAUUCUGAAAACAGUGGGACAAAGGCAGGUUUAGCAUGAGCAUAUGAAAGUUCUUAGCCUUCUCAUACUCUCUUAAUCAUAACACACAUCAUAUUGAGUUAAUCUAGCACACUUAACUAAAUAAUAUGCCUUCAAGAACUUAUUUGGCCUGAACUCAAAGGAGGAGCACUCAAACACUAUCAACUUAGCAAUAACACCACUACCAUUAAUGUCUGCUAAAUUAACAGAAUAACAUAAUUCUCUUUGAUAAUUAUAUGUAAUCAACUUUGUGUCAAAGCUUUAGGGAAGACAUUUGGC